CGAUUAAUGAUGACGUCAGAGUCGUCUCCCACCUUGCAAGGGAAAUAAUUUCAAACGCUGCGCCCUCGAAUUGGGUGACAAGGGUGACGCGUCUAAACGAGUGCGAGGUGUCAAAAUGAGACAUUUCAAUGGGCAGUUUUAUCUUGAGUGACGUACGCAUUUAUGAAGUCAACUAGGGGGCAGGAGUUUCGAUGUGGUAUUUCAUAUAUUUUUUUAAGGCACAAUGUUUGAGCCCCUCGAGACGCUGCUGAAAUAUGAUACCCCUGUGUUAAUCAGCAAAACCACAGAUAAAAAGUGCUCAAAGGGGGGGCGUCCAUUUAAAGUGAGCACCCAGCCCCAUGCUGACUCCCCCGUGCCACCGCCACCUAAAGCCAAAUCCUCAGCAUCUCAAGCACCCCCCCAGCAAAAUGAAGACAUACUCAACCUCAUAUUUCCACCCAGGGAAUGGAUGGAAGGAAACCAACUGUGGGUGCAACAAGUGUCCAGUGCACCAUGUACGCGAGCAGAUGUGGUGAAUCUCGAGGAGCAACUAGACAGGAAACUGCAGCAAAGACGCGCCAUAGAGACGGGAAUAUGUCCUGUCCGAAGAGAGCUUUAUACCCAGUGCUUUGAUGAGCUGAUCCGACAAGUGACCAUCAACUGCGCUGAGAGGGGUCACUUGCUGCUGCGGGUCCGAGAUGAAAUCCAGAUGACUAUCGCCGCUUACCAGACUUUCUACGAGAGCAGUGUGGUUUUCGGCAUGCGGAAAGCUCUUCAGGCCGAACAGGACAAGGUGGACAUGGAGAAAACCAUUGCUGUGCUGGAAAAGCAGAAAGAAGAGCUGGUGAAAGAGUUACGUGACGAAAAGGCCAAAUGCGACGCCAUUGAAAAGACUGAAGAGGAAAAACAUGAAGUGCAGGAAAAGAAGUACACAGAACAGAUUCAGUUCCUGAAGAGAACCAACCAGCAGCUUAAGGCCCAGCUGGAGGGGGUUGUGACACCGAAGUAACUUCACAGCAGCCAUUUGACUACAUAGCAUGUCACUGAACAAUUUCUUUUAUAUGACUGAAAAGAACUAAAUGUCUUUUUUAAUGAAUGAGCGUAACGGUCUAAUUUUCUGUCCCUUAUUGUUAUUCCUCUGAUGAAUUAACUUUGGGGACCAUAACAGACAUGUAAACUUAAAAGUUUAGUAUUUAUCCUGGUUAAAGUAUCAGGA